AUAAAAAGCAGUCCUCACAAAUGGCGACACUUCUCGCCUCCAUCUCACCCGCACGCCUCUCCGCCUCCGCCUCCCACCUCCUCCGCGCGCUGCCCCGCAUCCGCCUCCGCCGCCCGCUCGCGUCGGCGCCCCGCAUGUCCUCCUCCUCCUCCUCCACCACCGCGGCCUCCCCCGCCGCUGCCGCCGCCGACGGUGGCGGUACCGGCGAGAAGCCCGUGGCGGCGCCGUACGGAUCCUGGAGGUCGCCCAUCACCGCCGAUGUUGUCUCCGGCGCCGACAAGCGGCUGGGAGGGAUCGCCCUCGCCGGUGACGGGCGCCUCCUCUGGAUCGAGGGCCGGCCCGAGGAGAAAGGGCGUAUGGUUAUAGUCAAGGAGGAUGAUAAGCCUGUGGAUAUCAUACCUCAAGAAUUUGCAGCACGUACUCUAGCUCAAGAAUAUGGAGGUGGUGCAUUUUCAGUCAAAGAUAAUGUUGUUGUGUUCUCAAACUACAAGGAUCAACGUCUGUACAAGCAAAGUACUAAAACUGGUGUGCCUGUGCCUCUUACACCCGAUUAUGGUGGGCCUGAUGUCAGUUAUGCUGAUGGAGUCUUUGAUCCUCACUUCAGCCGUUAUGUUACCGUGAUAGAAGACCGUCGAAAGAGUAGCUUGAAUCCCACCACAACAAUCGCAGCUAUAAGCUUGAGUAAUGGGGUUGUUCAGGAACCAAAGGUGCUGAUUAGUGGCAAUGACUUCUAUGCUUUUCCUCGUAUUGACCAUAAUAACAAGCGUAUGGCAUGGAUAGAGUGGAGUCAUCCAAAUAUGCCCUGGGAUAAGUCAGAACUUUGGGUUGGCUACUUCUCUGAAAGCGGAGACUUGACCAAACGGGUCUGUGUUGCUGGUAGCAAUCCAAUGUUAGUGGAGUCCCCAACUGAGCCUAAAUGGUCUCCAAAAGGCGAAUUGUUUUUCCUAACUGAUAGAGGGAGUGGAUUUUGGAACAUCUAUAAAUGGGUUGAGCACACCAACGAGGUUAUUUCAGUUUACACGCUAGAUGCUGAGUUCACAAGGCCAUUGUGGGUUUUUGGUAUCAGCUCUUAUGGUUUUCUUGGUGAAAGCAAUCACAUUGUUUUCAGCUACAGGCAGCAUGGAAGGUCAUAUCUUGGUGUUCUGGACUCUGAUAUAGGUUCUGUUUCAUUGCUUGACACCCCCUUCACUGAUUUAUCCAAUGUGGUUACUGGAAAUGAUUACUUCUAUAUUGAAGGUGCAUCUGCAACUGUUCCAAUGUCAAUCGCAAAGGUAGCUUUAAAUGAGGACAGAACAAAAGUAGUUAGUUUCUCAAUAAUUUGGUCAUCCUCAUCAGAUGUUGUACAAUAUAGUUCUUUCUUCAGUGCACCAGAAUUUGUUGAGUUUUCAACAUCCAGCACCGGCCAGAAAGCUUAUGCAUAUUUCUACCCACCUUCAAACCCAAAUUUUCAAGGUUUGCCAGACGAAAAACCUCCAUUGCUUGUCAAAACACAUGGAGGACCAACAGCAGAAACACGUGGAAUUCUGGACCUGAGUGUUCAGUAUUGGACAAGUCGAGGAUGGGCAUAUCUUGAUGUUAACUAUGGGGGAAGCACUGGUUUUGGGAGGGAGUAUCGAGAGAGGCUAUUGGGGAAAUGGGGUAUCGUCGAUGUUGAUGAUUGUUGCAGCUGUGCAAGAGUCCUGGUGGAGAGUGGGAAAGUAGAUGAGCGACGCCUUUGUAUUACUGGGCGAUCAGCAGGUGGGUACACUACGUUAGCUUCACUCGCAUUCAGGGACACAUUCAAGGCUGGAGCUUCUUUGUAUGGUAUUGGUGACUUAUCUUUGUUGAGAGCAGAGACACACAAAUUCGAGUCUCACUAUACUGACAAUCUUGUAGGAAAUGAAAAUGCUUACUAUGAGAGAUCACCGAUCAACUUUGUUGACAAAUUUACAUGUCCAGUUAUUUUGUUUCAAGGCUUGGAUGAUAAGGUAGUCCCACCAGAUCAGGCACGCAAAAUAUACAAGGCCUUAAAAGAGAAAGGUUUGCCUGUUGCCUUGGUGGAAUACGAAGGAGAGCAGCAUGGUUUCCGCAAGGCUGAGAACAUCAAGUUUACUUUGGAGCAGCAGAUGGUGUUCUUUGCUCGAUUAGUCGGGAAUUUUAAGGUGGCAGAUGAUAUAACUCCAAUCAAGAUCGAAAACUUUGACUGAUCGCUCGAAGAAAGUGUAGCAGUAGCUUACAUUUCGUGGAACAUGACCUCUUACAGUUUGCAUCUGUUUGAAUUGUCCAUGUACUCCGACUAAAUGUUCAUUAAAAUCAAUCAAUGUUGGAGUCUGGGGCAAUGGAAUCGCAUAUUUGAGUUUCGGAAACUCCAGAAAUCGCCCAUAUUAGGCAACAGGAGACACAUCCAUACCUAACUUUAUUUUAAUAGACCAUUAUUUCUUCUGAGACAAGAGUCAUCUAUAACACAAACAUUCGGCCGGGUUUUUUU